AUGUUUCAAACAAUAAUAAGAGGAAUAUUAUCCUAUAAUCACGUUCAUUCAAUAAAUCGUUUUCUGUCGUUGACCAAUUUACUUCAUAUUAAUGAAAUAUCACAAUGGAAUUUUAUGGAUUUAAAAAUUAAUAGAGUUUGGGGCAUGACAAUGAAAAAAUAUAACAUGGCUCGCCAAGGUGAAGAAACAAUAAAAUAUUUUCAUCAAAUGAUCAAUAAAGGCUGCAAACCAGAUUUUAUCAAAUACCUUCUUGUAUUAACGGCAUGUAUUGACACGAAAAAUCUGGACGCCGGAAUAAAAAUUCAUCAAAUGAUUGAAAAUAGUCACGAUGAUAUAAAAUAUAAUCCAAAACUAAGAAAUGCAUUAAUAAAUGUUUAUAGUAAUUGUCAUGAUAUCGACAUGGCUGAGAAAUUAUUCUUCGAACAUGAGAAACCUAACACGGCUAUGUACGGUGCUAUGAUUAAAGCAUAUAAUUUGAAUGGUUUCCCUCAAAAAGCUCUUGCUUUAUACGAUAGAGUGAAGAAUGAUGAAACUUUUGCACCUGAUGCUCGUACUUAUAAUUCAAUAAUAAAUUCGUGUAUGAAGAUCGGUGGUGAGAUGGGUUUGAAAAUAGGAAGAACGAUUCAUGAAAAACUAUUAUGUGAAAAUAAAGCAUACGAAAAUGAUCCAAUCUUGCAAUCGGCAUUAGUUAGUCUAUAUGCAAAAUGUGGUGAUAUGCGAAAGAGUGAAGAGAUAUUCAAUCAAAUAGAAAAACCAAAUAUAAUUACUUAUACUGCAUUAUUUCAAGGUUAUAAUUUGGCUAAUUUACCAUUAAAGACAUUACAACUGUUUGAAAAAAUGAAGAAACGAGAAAAUUUUCAGUUCGAUUCUCGUUUAUAUUUAAUAAUUAUUAAUGCUUGUUCUCGAACGGGGAUGUUAAAACAUUCGAAAUGGAUUUAUGAUGAGUUAUUGAAGGAUAAAACGGUCAAAUUUAAAGAUGACAUUAUUGUACAGAAUGCACUCAUCGAUGCAUUUGGAAAAGGUGGAGAUAUUCAGCAAGCAAUUGAAAUAUUCAAUAAGAUGACUAAAAGAGAUCGUUCUUCAUGGAAUACGAUGAUUCAUGUUUUUGGAAUUAAUGGACGUGGAAUCGAAGCUGUAGAGACAUUUUGGAAAAUGAAAGAACAAAGAUUUUCGUUUGAUCGUUUGACAUAUGUGAAUGUACUGAACGCUUGUAGCCAUUCAGGUCUAGUUAAUGACGCUCGAUCUAUAUUUCAAUCGAUUGAAAAACAAAAUAUUGAUGCUAUUAUUGUAACAGCAAUGAUCGACACAUUAUCACGAGCAUUUGAAAUCGACGAAGCCCUAAGUUUGUUGGAACAAUAUGAAAGAAACAAUCCUGCAUAUCUUAACAUGUACACGUGUAUAUUGUCAGCAGCAAGAAUACAACAGAAUACAGCUAUAGUUGAAGACGUAUACGAACGUAUGAAAAAAAGAGAUGACGUAACAAAAGCCGAUUUAUAUGCGGCACUUAUUCUUGUGGCAAACACUUAUGCCUCACAAGGAAAUUAUGAGAAAGCAAAUGAGUUACGUCGAGAAUUUGUUGAUAAAGAAAAUUUGAAAAAACCACCUGGUUUAACGUGGACAAUGGUUGAUGGUAUUAUUCAUGAAUUUACAGCACAUGAUCGACGUCAUCCUCGAACAUCUGAAAUUUAUGCCGAGUUAGAUAAAAUAUCUCAAGAACUAAAAGAAGACGGACACGUCUAUUCUUCUUCGUGGUUAACUAAAGAAACUGACGAUAUGGAAAGUGUUCUAUGUGGUCAUUCAGAGAAAUUGGCAAUUGCUUUUAAUCUUAUAGCCACACCAUCUGGUGAAACAAUUCAAAUUACAAAAAAUUUACGGAUAUGUGAUAAAAUGAUUUGUGUUCAUCGAUCGCGUCAGUUAUUAUUAAAGUUUCGCUCUAUUACUGAUAUACAAAAAGCUUUAUUAUCUUUGACAAGACAAAAUUUUGCUGUCACUGCCCCAAGUGCUGAAACGGCUGCUCCAACAGCUCAAUCGAGUCAAUUAAUGCACAAUAAAUCAAAAACAUCAUUAAGAGGAACACCGUAUAAAGUAGCGGAUAUUGAAACAUGUCUUCGUUAUAUAGAAAGUGAUGCAUAUACUUCAGCCUAUGGCGACCAACCGGUGUGGAAAAAUUAUGUUCGUAAUAGGAUUCGCAGUCGUUUUCCUCAUUAUACACGUGAUUUUUGUUCUGAAGAAGGUUUAUAUAUUCGUGGUAAUCCCUGUCCGAUAUGUCGCGAUGAAUAUCUGUUAUUAGAUUAUCGUAAUAUUAAAUUAUUGAAACAAUUUAUUAAUAAACAUACUGGUGAAAUUGAACCCGUUCUUCGAACACAUAUAUGUCAAGCACAAUUAAGAAAUUUAAGAGUAGCAUUGAAAAAAGCUUACGACUUUGGUUUAAUAUCGUAUGAAGUACCAUUUCGACAAUAUAAUUAUAAAGAUUAUUACGAACAAUUAAAAGAUAAACAACCACCACCUUUACUACUAACUAUUCUUCAAACAUCAAUGGAACAAAAUAUAACCAAUUUAGAUGAACUUAGUCUAAGUGAUAAACAAAUACAUCAAAACUAA